GAUUCCCCGAGUAGAAAGUAAUCAAUUUGCCUGUCUACUGCAGUUGCAGAAGUCAGCUUCUCCCUCACACCACUGCUCCUGAAGAUGAGCCCUUGGACAAUUAUUUAAGAACUAGAAGCAGAAGGCAUGCAGAAAAUUCUUAAUGGAAUGCUACUCAAGAUAUGUUACUUAGGCAAAUAUUCAAAACCAUGUUUUUCAGAUUAUACUGAAGCUUACCCUCAGGAGUUCCUCUGUAAAGAAUAAAGCAGAAAGCCACCAGCACAAGAUUAAAAGUGAAACAAGGAAAGAGAUAUCGGAGUUAACUCCCUGUGUUGCAAGAGGUGACAAAAACCUGAACACAAAAACCAUGAGAGACCGCCUCCAAGAGCUUAAACUGAGAGCUAAGGAACUACAGAUAGCUGGAGACAACAACAGUGUAACUGUACAAGAAGAGCAGGAGGAGUUUGAACAGCAGGCCAUUAUUUAUGAAAAAGAGCCUGUAACUGAAAGGCACUUGCAUGAAAUCCAGAAGCUUCAGAAUGAAAUUAAUAAUUUGGUGGAGGAAGUUCAUAAAUUCAGUCAACAACAAAAAAGCCUAGUAUCGUCAAUGAGAAGAUUCAGUGUUCUUAAGAAGGAAUCUAACACAGCAAGAGAAAUAAAAAUUCAAGCAGAGCACAUACGAAAAUGUUUGGAUGAACUGUCAAAAACGGUGAAAAAAGCUGAAAAUGAACAUGGGCCGUCCCGUGCCACAGUAAGAAUUCUAGCUUCCCAGCACACAUUCUUAUCCCAGCGUUACCUAAAUGCUAUGCUCUCAUAUAACGAUGCUAUAACUGCUAAGCAAGAGAAAUGCAGAAGAUUUAUUGUCCGUCAGCUUGAAGUAGCUGGUAGAGAGGUAUCUGAGGAAGAAGUCAAUGACAUGCUUCAGCAAGGAAAAUGGGAGAUCUUCAAUGAAAAUCUGCUCACUGAAGCCAAAAUUACCAAAGCCCAGCUUUCAGAGAUUGAACAGAGACACAAGGAACUAGUCAAUCUGGAGAACCAGGUAAAAGACUUAAAGGAACUUUUUAUCCAGAUAUCAGUUCUGAUGGAAGAGCAAGGGGAGAUGAUCAACAACAUUGAACUCUGUAUGAACAACACUCAAGAAUACACUCAAAUAUCUAAAGAAAAAUUUGGGCUUGCAGUCAAGUAUCGAAAAAGAAACCCUUGUAAAGCAGUAUGCUGCUGGUGUUGUCCAUGCUGCAAAUGACAAAAGAAAUGACCUGUUUGAAAUACCAAUGGUUCCUAUUUAGUAGACAGGAAUAAAAGCAGUCUCAGGAUCCCUCAACUGCUUCAUUUUUCUCUUCCAAUUUCCCCUUCCACCCAGCUCUCAGGAAAAACUGCAUCUGUUUUUCUGAACAGAAGAAUGCAGAAAGGUCUUCAUCUAUCCCUCAAUUUUAUGGUUUGCACAGAAACACAUUAACUAGAGCAAAGGAUCAAAGGACACAAGUAACACUCCUUUUGGUCUUCCAUUCAUAAGAAGCUAAAAAAAUGUGGCAACAAACCACCUGUGCUUUUGGAAAGCAUUGAAAAUACUGUUAAUCUCAAAGACAGAAUUCAUAAAAAUGGUUUAGUUACCUUUUAUAAAAUAAUAAUUAGUGGUUUUAA